AUGACUAAAAGGAAAUCGCGCAAAAGGAAGCGGAUCCAGCAUGGCGGCACAAUGGAAAGGCUUGUUGUGGUGGUGAUCAAGAGAGAGCCUAACCAGCUUUACGGCGCUGUAGGAACUGCGGCAAGACUAGGCACAACGCGCGAACGUGUAAAAAGGAUGUAG